CCCACAAGUCGAUUAUCUAAAAUGUAUCUUCUAAUUGUGAGGUGACAAUAGGAGACAGCUAGCACGAAGGGCAAUAUAAAAGCCAGCCAGCAGCCCCAGAACUCACUUGACCUCAGCAUCCAGCAAUUCCAUUGAUACAGAGCAUACAAUAGGUAAACUAUCUCCUAUUCACGCUUUCUCUCUGAUAAUGGAAGUAAACGAACCCUUUUGCCACGGAUGUGGCCUCAUCCACUUCUCCUACAUCGAUCCACACUACAUCGGCAACAACCCUGGCACCGCGUACUGUGUGUGUAUCAUCCAAGAUGGGCUUCCAUCUGUGGCGCCUGGAGCGCCCUGGGGGUGGUGGCCCGCGGCGAGCCAGAGCAUCGCGGAAGACACACACGCUGCAGAUUCCUUAGUCUCCGGGACCCAGCCCUACAACUACGAUGGGAACGCUGACUUCAACUGGGAUACAGACAUCAUCCCUACUAACGGGGGGGAGCACAGCAACUCCGCGGGGGAGUGGUGGCCCGCCGGAGCCCACGCCAUCACCGCCGCCGCCGCCGCCGCCGCCGCCGCCGCCGCCGCCGACGGCCAGUCGUCCUCGUCCGCCGCCGCCGACCCGGCGGGACCGACCUCCUGCGGGAAAUGCAAGGCCCGGCCGUGCAAGGAAGGCCGCAGGACGUGUGAGGAGUGCACGCAGAAGAAGCGGGCCUCUGACAGGCGUCGGCACGAGGAGCGGAAGCAGGCCGGGCUCUGCAUCAAGUGCGGCCUCGACACGCCCAAGACGCCCGCGCAUCUGCAUUGCCGUUGGUGCCUGGAGAAGAGCAGCGCGAAGGGCCGGGCCGCUAGGAAGGAGCCUGUAGUUUAUCUCGGGUUGAGAUAUUGACCUAGGUGCAGAAGAAUGGCGCGUUGCUCCGCUUAGGGGAUGACAAGGAAAUGUGGAUAAUAUUACACAAAGUUUGAAACAUUUCAGUUUAGGUAAGAUCCAGUUCAUAGAGGACUAAAAUAAAGGCUCUUUGUACAGUACCUCUGUUUAGGGAAUCCCCGAUAAAAUUGCACACCUUUAGAUGAUCGUCUGAGCUGGAGUGGAUGAUAGGAUCUUAUACAGUCAUCACUUUGACGUUUUAAUGACUUUCGUUCGAUCGAGCC